UCCAGAUCCCUCUUCUAUCCUUUGUUGGCACUUGGCCGCACGCUUCUCCCCUCCCCCUCGCGCGGCGGCGGCGGCGGCGGCGGCCGCCUUUCUUGUCUUCUACAACCUCUUCGAGCCCUAGCGCUCCUCCAAACCCCUUCCGUCGCCCGCCCGCCCGCCCGGCCUCCCGUCGGGCCCCGUUGAAGACCUUCCUUACCAUCAUGGCGCCGGAGGCCGCGGACGAUCCCGUGCUCGCCGCUUGCAAGUACAAGUUGAACCACUUCAGAAUAAAAGAGUUGAAGGAUGUUCUGCAUCAGCUUGGACUUCCAAAGCAAGGAAAGAAGCAGGAACUAGUGGACAAAGUUAUAGCAGUAUUGUUUGAUCAGCAAGACCAAGUCUCCAAAAUGAAUGGUUUACCAACUAAAAAGAUGGCUGGAAGAGAAACAGUGGUGAAAAUAGUCGAGGACACUUUUAGAAAAAUGCAAGACCCUACAAAUACUGUUGCAGCCUCAAGAAGCCACAUCGAGUCAGGAUACAAUGUUAAGCCUAAAAAGAAAUCAGAUGAUUCUGCUCAGUUGGACGUCAAGGUCCGUUGUCCUUGUGGUAACUCAAUACCCAAGGAUCCCAUGAUUAAGUGUGUUGAUCCACAGUGCAACGUAUGGCAACAUGUUGGUUGUGUUAUCAUACCCGAGAAGCCUGCAGACAGUAUUUCUCCUGAAGUACCCACCUGCUUUUAUUGUGAGAUGUGCCGAAUUAACAGGGCUGAUCCUUUCUGGGUCACCGUUAACCAUCCGUUGCUCCCUAUUUUAAUAGCCCCCUCUAACAUAGCGGCAGACGGGUCAUAUACUGCACAGUAUACUGCGAAAAGCUUUCCGCUAUCAAGAGCUAAUAGGGAAAUGCUACAGAAAGCUGAAUAUGAUCUUCAGGUUUGGUGUAUCCUUCUGAAUGACAAAGUCCCUUUUAGGAUGCACUGGCCUUUACGCUCUGAUAUGCAAGUUAAUGGUAUCCAUGUUAGGGUGGUCAACAGGCAACCCACACAGCAGUUAGGGGCCAAUGGUAGAGAUGAUGGUCCAGUAUUAACAGAUUACCUGAGAGAGGGACCUAACAAGAUUGCUCUAUCAAGAAAUGACUCUCGUACUUUCUGUUUGGGUAUCAGAAUUGCCAAGAGGAGAUCUCUAGAACAGGUCCUAAAUUUGGUGCCAAAGGAACAAGAUGGUGAGAAGUUUGAUGAUGCCCUUGCUCGUGUGCGUCGCUGUGUUGGUGGUGGAACCGAGGCAAAUAAUGCAGACAGUGAUAGUGAUAUUGAAGUUGUGGCUGAUUCGGUCUCCGUAAAUCUUCGAUGCCCUAUGACUGCUUCAAGGAUCCGGAUUGCUGGUAGGUUCAAGCCUUGUGCUCACAUGGGUUGUUUUGAUCUAGAAGCUUUUAUUGAAAUAAAUCAACGUUCCCGGAAGUGGCAAUGCCCAAUCUGCCUCAAGAACUGCUCUCUUGAGAGCAUAAUAAUUGAUCCUUAUUUCAAUCGUAUCACUUCUUUGAUCCAAAGCUGCAUAGAUGAUGCAUCUGAAAUUGAUGUCAAGCCUGAUGGUUCCUGGAGGGUUAAGGGUGGAGCUGAACUGAAAGACCUUACACAGUGGCAUUUACCAGAUGGUACUCUCUGUGUGACCACAGAUACAAGAGCCAAGCCUAACAUGGGUAUUGUAAAGCAUGAGAUUAAAGAAGAACCGUUGUCUGAAGAGCUGGGUUGUCGUCUUAAAUUGGGAAUUAGAAAAAACAGCAACGGCCAGUGGGAGAUUAGUAAGAGAGGGGAUACUGACUUGGUGCGAUCUUCUGAUAGUGAUCAUGCAAGGCACUUUGAAAACAAAAACUGCACCACUCUCACAAGCAAUAUUGAUGAUGCGGACACUGAAGAUGAAAGUUAUAAUUUAGAUCCAGGAAGAAAUGAUUGUCCUAUGAGCCAUGUCCAUGAUCUUGAUUCUUCUCCCACGGAUGAAAAUGUUCCUCCUGCACCAAGAGAGCAGGAUAUAAUAGUUCUGAGCGACUCAGAUGAUGAUAUUGUCACGGUGUUAUCUCCUAGUGCUGUGAAUUAUGGCUCAGCACUUGACACUGGGAAUGUAUUUCCACCCAAGCCACCUGAAACUUCAGGAGUGUGUGGCGAACAAGCUGGUAGAUGCCCAAAUGAAACCUCAUUUGUUGCACUAAAUGAAGAUUUUAGUGACCUGGGACUAUCAUUUUGGGAGUGUCCUCUGAGUCCCCAGGAUGAUCCUACUGACCAGAUGUUUGAUCCUAGCAGACGGGUGACAGAUAAUCCAGGUGAAGCACAAAACAACCCUGCCAAUUAUCAAUCUAAGCACGAGUCAGUUUCUGGGGGUAAUUUGGGGGUACUAGCGGUAGCAGCAAACCCGCCGGAAGAUGGGCACGAUGGCGCGCUGCAAAUUUGUGCAUCAAGUGAAAGAGAUGGUUCCAUUAGUCCAGCUAACCGGUGUGAUCACACUCAAACAUGCCAUGAUUUCCAUUCUGUCAGCUGGACAUCUCUCAGCCUCAGUGGCGCCGAUGAAAGUUUAAUUGGUGCGAAAAAUGCGUCACAGAAAAGGAGGAGCUCUGGAGAUGGAAUAACAGCUUUAGAUGCUUCUGUCCUCAGGAGCACAAAUGACGAUGAGCCGACUGGAGAGAGAUGCCGUGAUCCUUUCUCACCACCUCUGCAGCAACGUUCAGUUCGACCAAGACUGAUACUGAAUAUUGACUCGGAUUCUGAUUAGCAUAUAUACUUUUUUGUUGGCUGAUGCCCAGUGUGCAAUUCGUACAUCUCCUCCGUGGAAUGAUCAUAGCAUCCUGUCUGACUUGGAGAAAGGACUUGAUGUUAGAGGAUGAAUGUAGUGGCAUCUGAUAGAAUAGGUUUGUGAGCUGCCGGGCAGCGAGAAGCAGUUUUUUUUUUUUUUUGCCCCCUCAUUGGCCUGUGUGGUCUCCUUGGAGGUUAUUGAUUAGUGCUAGAAUUUAGCGACAAGAGCAAUAUAUAGAGCUCAAUAGUGUAGGCAAUUUUGUACCAUGUCAGGAACUCUUAAGUGUCAGUUGACGUAAAUAUGACUCUUUUUUUUCAUUCAUUAAAGAGUAUUUCCUGUUC